AUGGAUUGUCCAAGCUGUCAUCUCUCUGCAAAAUCUAUUUUCCACUGUUUGGUAGAUUGUCCUUUUGCCUCUCAGUGUUGGCGGAAAGUUGGUUUUCAACUUAAUGCAGGUGAGACAUCAAUUUUUGCGUCUUGGUUCAGAUCAUCUCUAUGUAGGUACUCUAAGGAGGAAUCGGCUAGGAUGGGGAUGAUGUGUUGGGCAAUACGGAAAGGGCGGAAUGAUCUUAUUUGGCAGCAAAGGCAUUCUUCUGUUGAUGAGACAGUAAACUUAGCAAAACAUAGUCUUGAUCAAUGGAUUAAUGCUCAAGAGUUUGAUAAGCAACCGCCCAUAGGUAUGAUAGUGCCUGGGGAUGGGAGUGAGCAUUGGGUAAAGCCUCAGGAGAAUACGAUCAAGGUUAAUGUGGAUGCUUCUAUCGCUAUUGGUAGAGGGACGUUUGGUCUAGGUUGGGUUGCGCGUGAUCACACAGGGUUGCUACUAGAAGUUCAUGGACGCAGCAGGAAUGGAGUUGUCACUCCUGAAGUGGUUGAAGCAAUGGGGGUCAAGGAGGCUCUCAGUUGGAUUAAAUCCAAAAAUUGGCCUAGUAGCUGA